GCUGGCGACGGUCUAACAUGCAGUUCAAUGCUUCAAUCAAAGAAAGGAAAAAAAAAUCCAGGAACAAGUUGGAGAACCUUCCGCAUCCUUCCACCCGUUCCUCCGGCGGACACAUCUUUGCCGCGCCCGCUCGAAGAAAUGCUCCUCCGCCACCGCCACCACCUCUUGUCGCGCCCGCGCCGCAGCUUCCCUCUCGCUGCCCUGGGCUGUGUCGCCAUGUCCACCUCCUCUUCCCCCUCUUCCUCCACCUCCACCUCCGCGGCCGCCGACUACCACUGCCGCACCAAGCACAGUCCCACCGCCGGUUACGCGCGCGGUCCGGGCCGCCUCGACUGGGCCAACCAGCCCAACCCCUUCCUCCGUUUCUCCCCCGCACCGCCAUUACCGCUCCCCAACCCACCUCCGCUCGCCCCCGUCCCCUACCCUGCUCUCUUCCACUCCCCACCCCCGCCGCCGCAGCCGCUCACCCUCGACUCCCUCUCUGCGCUGCUCUUCCACUCCCUCGCGCUCUCCGCCUGGAAGUCCGCGGGCCUCUCAACCUGGUCGCUCCGCGUUAACCCCAGCAGCGGCAACCUGCACCCCACCGAGGCCCACCUGGUCUUCCCGCAUCCGCGAGAGGUCGACCGCCUCGCCAUCGCGCACUACGCGCCCCGCGACCAUCUCCUCGAGGCCCGUGCUACCGCACCAAUUAGGGAUUGUUCCGCGAUUCUGUCUGCGCCGGGGAUGGCGAUCCUGGCUCUAUCGUCAGUCUUCUGGCGAGAGGCGUGGAAGUAUGGAGAGCGGGCGCUGCGGUACUGCAACCAUGACGUGGGGCACGCGCUCGCAGCGGUUGCCUUGGCCGCGGCCACGCUGGGUUGGGACGCGCGUUUACUAGACGGGCUGUCGGACGAGGACCUCGGGAGGCUCGUUGGGGUGGAGAAAGGGAGCCCGGCUGCAGUUCCGGAGGGGCUCCUUAACAAAGUGGUCAAGGGUAAGGCGCGGUGGGUGGAGCGGCAGCAUCCAGAUUGCGCGGUUCUGCUAUUCCCAGUUGGGUCUGAGCCGGAGGUCGACUAUGGUAGAAUUAGUGAGGAGCUGAAGGUGUUCGAUGGGCUGGAGUGGGUGGGGAAGGCAAAUGCACUUAGUAAUGAUCAUGUGGUGUGGGAUGUGAUAUACCGCACAGCAGAGCAAGUUAAGAAGCAUGGCCCUGCACCGGGGGAACGGUUCUUUGUGAUGCCAUGGCAGAAGAGUCCAGCCUUGUCCAAAGGAUUGUAUAAGGAAUUAACAGUGCAGGAGGUAGUACGUCAGAGGAGAAGUGCGGUGGACAUGGAUGGUGUGCAUGUGAUGGGAAGGGAUACAUUUUAUCAGAUGCUGAUGCACUGCCUUCCAUCAGGGGAGGUUGGAUCAGGUGAACGGCAAGGGGAGCAGAGUGCUCUGCCAUUCCGAGUAUUACCAUGGGAAGCAGAGGUGCAUGCUGCACUAUUUGUGCAUCGUGUCUCAGGGCUUCACAGGGGGAUUUAUUUCCUGGUGAGAAAUGAGGAGCACUUUGAUGCGUUGCAGCGUGCUAUGAGGCAGGACUUUGAGUGGGUUCAGCCGGAAGGAUGCCCUGAUGGUCUCCCACUCUACAGGCUGAUGAAAGGAGAUUGCCAGAAGUUUGCUAUGCAGAUAUCAUGCUUUCAGGAAAUUGCCUCGCAUGGAUGUUUUAGCCUUGGGAUGAUUGCUAGAUUCGAGCCUGUGUUGCAUGAGAAAGGUGAAUGGAUGUAUCCUCGUUUGUUCUGGGAGACUGGCAUUCUUGGUCAAGUGCUUUACCUUGAGGCCCAUGCUAUUGGAAUAUCUGCCACAGGAAUCGGAUGCUACUUUGAUGAUACUGUUCACGAGGCACUUGGCUUGAAAGGUUUGGACUUUCAGAGCAUGUACCAUUUUACAGUGGGCGCUCCUGUGCUUGACAAGAGGAUAAUGAGUCUCCCAGCUUACCCUGGUCCCGGAAUUGACGCAUGAUAUCUUGCCUCGGGGGAAUUUUUUGUCGACAGAUCAACAAAGAACCGUGGAGCCUGACUGUUUUGGUUUAUGUGUAGUGGCAUGCCUGAAAUCUAUGCAUUGCAUACCCCGGUACUAACCACUCGUAUUUAUCUAGUUGUUAGCCACGAUGCUCCUAUGUUGCACCAGCGUACAAGUAUGUCCCGAUGUUCCAGUGCAAUUAUUCUGGUCCUCAACCAGGUAUAUAGUUUGGUAUAUUGUGCAACUAAUUUUUUUGCCACAUUUACUAGAAUAAGGAGGGCGUACAAAAUUGUAGAAGUAGAGAUACAACAAGAAGAAAAAAAACAGGGAAUGUAAAUCCUCUUUGCGACUAUACACUUAGAACGAAAUUUCUGCAUGUAUAGAAUGGUUUAUGCAUCCUGUCCAAAUCAGAAUGGCAUCUGUAAACUGAUAGUGCCUGAAUCUACCUGCUUGCUUCAUC